GAGUUUUUCACCAGGGUAAGGAGAGUUUUCUAACGUCAUCGAAUUAUCAAGAAAACCGAGGGAAUUCUUGCAAUACACACUCAUACGGAAGAGUUACUCUAUUUACGCCAUACAAACCUGAAAUCGUGUCGUUAUUGGGAUGAUGAUUGUCGAUUUACGAACUGACACAAUCACAAAACCAUGUUUCGUGAUGAGACAAGCCAUGUUCGACGCCGAAGUCGGGGAUGACGUGUAUCAAGAAGACCCAACAGUUAUCAAGCUUGAACAAUAUGUUGCUGAGUUGAUGGGCAAGGAGGCUGCGUUGUUUACGACAAGUGGAACAAUGGCAAAUUUGGUCUCCAUCAUGGUGCAUUGUGAUACUCGUGGCUGCGAGAUGUACGCCGGCGAGAAUUCCCACCUGGUGCUUCACGAACAGGGAUGUGCUGCCCAAAUAGCAGGCGUCACCCUUUGCCCAUUCCCGACGAAUCCGGACGGUACAUUUGACCUAGAAAAAUUAAGACGGCGGCUCAGGAAUCCAGCAUUCGUCCAAAGCUCCAUCUCCCGCAUGAUUUCACUGGAGAACACGGCCGAUGGGAACAUCAUACCCGUGGCAUUUCUCAAGGAGGUCGUGGAGUUUGGGAAGACACAUGGAUUGAAGCUGCACAUGGACGGUUCGAGGGUCUGGCACUCGGCGAUGAUCACCAAAACCCCGAUCAGGGAGAUCGUAGAUGGGUUCGACUCGGUAUCUUUCUGUCUGACUAAACUGGGGGCUCCAGUUGGUUCCAUGCUGAGUGGUUCCAAGGAUUUCAUCGCUCAGGCGAGAAGAGCCAGGAAGGCUCUGGGAGGCGGAAUGCGUCAGGUGGGUGUGCUAGCUGCUUGUGGCUUCGUGGCAUUGGAGAACCGCUUCAAACUGGUCAAAGAUCAUGAGAGAGCACUCGCGAUGAUGGAGGCCAUCACCGAACUAGGGUCUGACGUCUUUAAAGUCGACGUUGGAAGAAUUCAGACGAAUAUGGUUUGGAUCAAUGUUGAGGAGACAGAGGAGAUCACGGCUGCCGGCUUUGCGAAGCGACUUGGUGAGACUGAAGAUGACCAUGAUGAUGAUAGGGUUAAGGUGCUGGCCUGGUCGGUACUACCUAGAAUUGUCAGACUGGUUUUUCAUCUGGAUGUGACUGACGAGGGAUUAGCGGCUGCAACGAGGAAGAUUUGUUAUUUAAUCAAAAAGAUGGAUCCGAAAUUCACAACAACAUCAUGAUGAGAGAAAAAUUGAAAAGAAGACAUAUGCAAGGGAUGGACUUACCUUCUUCGAUUUGUAAUAGAUUUUUUCAUUUUCACUGACAAAAAGUGAGUAAAGUUCAUUUAUGUACACGAAUUCUGGGGCAUGAAUCUUCUAAGUUUAUUAUAGUGAAUUACAUUAUGAUGAAAAAUUAAAAAUAGCUCAGGAACUAAAAACUUUAUGUUCAAUAAUGACUUUGGGAAAAGUUCAUCCAUAGAAUAUCCCUUGACAAUACAGUUUACAAAGGUCUCACGAGAAUUCUCUAGAAUUACUUGAGAAAGCCAAAUUCUUCGAUUAGAUUGUUUUUUCCGAAUAUGUAAUCGAUUUAUCUCUCAUCAUUUAUUAUUUAUCACUUAAUUAGUCCAGCGGCAGUUACCUUAUAACGAUUUUUAUAUCAGAAACAUUUAUAAUGAUGCCAUUGCAUGGAUUUUAUGAUCGCAUGAAAAGUUUCCCUGCCAGUGGUAAUAUUUUUUUUGUUUCCAUAUAACUUUAACAUAAGGUAAUUCAGAAAAUUUACGUAGGAACACACCAUCAGUGCUAAUGCAUCAGCGUUGAUGACAUGCGGAAGAGUACAACGAGGAAAGAACGAUGAUAAAUGACUCAAAGUAUGGAAUUUGAAUUAAAACAAAAUUCAUUUACUCAAUAGAAACGAUUGAUCCUUCGCAAAUAUUUGCACUGACUGUCGUGGGGUAUCCUUGAUACCGGGGUCGAGGGAAGGCCAUUUCUUCAGCCGUCACCUAUAUCAUCACGAAAAUACAUCUAAUCUUGAUUGAACACUGACAGAUACGAUAAAGAAGCACUCUUGGGAAGCCCGGUUGUGCAUUCUCCCAAUUAAAUUUAACCACUUCAUCGAAAACGUUGACAAUUAUUAUGUUGAGGAAGAUCUCUUGAUUGUUAUCCUUAUUAUCGCACGGGUUUCCCCUGACUUUUAACCGUGAGCCACUGAUCGAU